AUGUCUGACACAGAAGACGUCAUGGAGGAGGAAGCUCAGGAGGGAGAAGCACAAGAGGAGGCGACAGAUGAGUCAAAGCCAAAGCCUAAGUUUAUGUCAAAUAUAAGCGCCCCAAAGAUCCCCGAUGGAGAGAAAGUGGAUUUUGAUGACAUCCACAGGAAGCGUCAGGAGAAAGAUCUGUCUGAGCUGCAGUCUCUGAUCGAGGCUCACUUCAUCCAGAGGAAGAAAGAGGAAGAGGAGCUCAUCGCCCUUGUGAACAGAAUCGAGAAGCGUCGUGCAGAGAGAGCAGAGCAGCAGAGGGUCAGGGCAGAGAGAGAGAAGGAGAGACAGGCCAGACUUGCGGAGGAGAAGGAGCGGAAGGAGCUGGAGGAGCAGCGUAAGAAGCAUGAUGAGGACGCCAAGAAGAAGAAGGCUCUCUCGAACAUGUCCCAGCAGUACAGCGCUGGACAAAAGAGUGACAACAGAAGAGGAGCCAAGAAACAAACGGAGAGGGAGAAGAAGAAGAAGAUCCUGGCUGAGCGCAAGAAGCCUCUCAGUGUUGAUCAUCUGAACGAGGAUAAACUCAAGGAGAAGGCCAACGAGCUGUGGCAGUGGCUGAUGGGGCUGGAGGCCGAGAAGUUUGAUCUCAGUGAGAAACUCAAAAGACAGAAAUACGAUAUUAACCAGCUUCUUGCCCGAGUCCAGGAUCACCAAAGUGCCAAAGGUCGUGGCAAGGGCAAGAUGGGAGCCCGGCUGAGGUAAAGCAGCUACCAGACGAGGCCAAGGCAGAGCGAGACACCAGUGAUUGGCCCGAGUGUCUGUUGUGCGUGUAUUCAUUGUUCUGUUGU